GCCAUUGACUCAAUAAAAUGCGUGCUUUCGUGUUAAUUAUUAUGGGACUUGCUGCUGUGUCAGCUGCCCCUAAAAAUAACAGAAUUGUGGGUGGGGAAAUCACCGACAUUAGCCUGUAUCCGGAGAUGGUCGCAGUGCUGUUCUCCCAGACUAGCGUCAACCACAGGGUGUGGUGUGGCGGCAGCAUCCUCAACAACCGUGCGAUCCUCACCGCAGCUCAUUGCACCUACAAUCGUGCCAAUUCGAACUUCAUCAGUCGUGUAGGAUCUACUCAUGUACACUUCAACGGCACUCUUCUCGUCACCCAGCAGAUUAUCAAUCACCCUAAUUACAAUGAGUACGGCUUCGACUAUGACAUCUCCAUCAUCCGCACCACCACCGAAAUCCCCUUCGGCGCCAACGUGCAGCCGGGCAAGUUUGCUGGUACCAAUUACCAUCUUGCUGACAACCAAGAAGUUUGGGCUACGGGAUGGGGUGCCAUUUCGAUGAGUGGAUCUCAUUCGGAGGAAUUACGCCACGUCCAAAUUUGGUCAAUCAACCAGGCGAUAUGUCGGCAACGGUAUUCAGCGUUGCCCAACGGUAUGAGUUGGGAUAUCACCGACAACAUGCUGUGCUCCGGCUGGCUGGACGUGGGCGGUCGCGACCAGUGCCAGGGCGACUCCGGUGGCCCGCUGUUCCACAACGGAGUGGUCGUCGGCGUCUGCUCCUUUGGUUAUGGCUGUGCUCUGCCAGGGUUCCCUGGCGUCAACGCCCGUGUGUCUUCUUUCAUUAACUGGAUAUCGUCAAACGCGUUUGCCGCCGUCAACAAAAUGCGUGCCUUCGUGAUCCUUAUAUUGGGACUUACUGCUGUGUCAGCUGCCCCCAGAAAUGACCACCGAAUUAUAGGCGGGUCAAUCACUAACAUUAGCUUAUAUCCGGAGAUGGUCGUUGUUCUGUUCUCGGAGACUAACGUCGACCACAGGCAGUGGUGUGGCGGCAGCAUCCUCAACAACCGCGCCAUCCUCACCGCUGCUCACUGCACCGUAAACCGUGCUAAUCUGAACUUCCGCUUUCGUGUAGGAUCCACUUACGCACACAGCAACGGUACUGUGCUCGAUACCCAGCAGAUUAUCAACCAUCCCAACUUUCAUGGUCUCACCAUUGAUAAUGAUAUUGCCAUUGUGCACACUACCACCACCAUCCCCAUCGGUACCACCAACGUGCAGCCGGGACGGUUCUCUGGUGCCAACUACAACCUUGCUGACAACGAAGAAGUCUGGGCUACUGGAUGGGGUACGACUAGCAUGACUGGACCAGGUUCUGAGGAACUGCGUCAUGUCCAGAUAUGGACAAUCAACCAAGAAAUUUGUAUGCAGCGCUAUUCGGGUUUUUACGCUGUCAUCACCGCCAACCAAUUGUGCACCGGCUGGUUGGACGUAGGCUGGCGCGACCAGUGCUCGGGUGACUCCGGUGGCCCGGUGUACCACAACGGAGUGGUCGUCGGCAUCUGCUCUUGGGGAUUUGGCUGUGGUUGGCCACAGUUCCCUGGCGUCAACACUCGUGUGUCUCGAUACAUUGACUGGAUUUCGCAAAAUGCCUAAAAUGUCUAUCAUACUUACUCAACAACUUGCGUGACAGAUUUGUAACGAUUGACUGUACCCAAACGAGACAGUACCUAGUAAAUCAAUAUUAUGAUGUCAACUAAUGUACGGACGACAGCACAUCAACCUAAACAUAGUGGCGUCUUAUCUCUUUGUAAUACAGGCUAUUUUGCAACAAAAAUGUAUAGGUUGAUGU